AUGUCUCGGCGCGGUUUCGGCCUGCUUCCUGUUUUGGCAGCACUGCUGGUGGCUGGAGAUGACAACAAGGUUGACGGACCUGUAGUAGGUGUCUACAAGAAUGGUGUCGUGGAGAUUGUGCCGAGCGAUCAAGGCAAUCGCAUGAUGCCGUCCACUGUGGCCUUUGAUGAUGAGGAAACCCUCGUGGGUGAAGCUGCAAAGUCUCUUGGCCAAGUUGGCGCGAAUACGGCCUCACGGAUCUUCGAUGUGAAGCGCUUGAUGGGACGUCGCUUUGAGGACUCUGCCGUGCAACGGGACUUGAAGACCUGGCCCUUCAAGGUGGUGGCUGACUCCGAGGGCAAUGCAGCGAUCAGCAUCAACCGCAGCGGUAAGGCCAAAGUGCUGAAACCAGAAGACAUCUCUUCCCUCAUCCUCCAGAAGCUCAAGGCCAGAGCCAGUGACUACUUGGGCCGCGAGGUCUUGCAUGCGGUGGUCACUGUACCGGCUGUCUUCGAUCACGCCAUGCGCCAGGCAGUGAAGACAGCGGGCUCCUUGGCAGGCUUGGAGGUCCUGCGGAUCAUUAACGAGCCGACAGCAGCGGCAGUGGCCUAUGGCCUGGAAAAGAGAGGAACUGAGGAGAUUCUUUUGGUUUAUGACUUGGGUGGUGGUAAAGACGCUGACCUGACCGCCCUUGAACGGCUGCGGGUGGAAGUAGAGAAAGCCAAGAGGAAACUCAGAUUCUUUGAUGGGACGGACCUCUCCGAGACUUUGACGCGGGCACAAUUUGAGAAGCUCAACCACGAGCUUUUCAUGAGGACGUUAGAGCCUGUCCGUGCCGUGCUGAAGGAUGCGGGCUUGGAAAAGACCGAUGUCAACACCGUGAUCUUGGCAGGCGGUUCUGCUCGCAUUCCUAAAGUGCAGCAGAUUCUGAGCCAAUUCUUCGAUGGAAAAGAGCUUACACGCAGCAUCAAUCCUGAUGAGGUGGUGGCUUAUGGUGCUGCCAUACAGGCAGCCUCCUUGAGUACCGAGGGAGAUGAGCAAGAGGUGCCGCUGAUAGAUGUAACUCCCCUGUCACUAGGUAUCCAAACAGCCGGGGGCUUCAUGACCAGCGUCCUGAAGCGGAACACUCCGCUGCCUGCAGAGAACACAAUGGUUUUCUCCACCCACAAGGACAACCAAGAGAUGGCCACCGUGAAGGUCUUUCAGGGAGAGCGGCUCAUGGCGAAGAACAAUCGCCUGUUGGGCAGCUUUCAAAUAAAAGGGAUACCUCCAGCGCCUCGUGGAGUUCCUCAGAUCCAUGUAAGCUUCAAAGUGGAUGUGAAUGGUUUGCUCUCUGUGGAAGCCAGGGACACCAGCUCUGGCCAGAGCGGAGAGCUCAAGGUCGAGGAUCAAGCGAUUUAUUGUAACGAUGUUUCUUUGUUCCCGAUUGUCACAUUGCAGCCGAUAAGGAGAGAGGACCAGCAAGACUUGGCAAGGGCAGAAGCAAAACUCGCCUUGAAGCUCCUCAUAAGGUCUUUGCAUUUGGCGGCAGAGAUGGCGCUGGAAGAGGAUGCCUCCACCUUCCUGGCCGCAGCCAGUGAUGCGCAAGACUGGCUGGCAGCAAACCCGGAUGCCGCGGCCGAGGAGAUCCACGAGAAGCGGGAGGAGUUGGAGGGGAAUGUGCCGGAGAUGCCCAGUCAAAAUGCACCGCAAAGUGCUGAACUGGACAUGGAAGGUCAUGAUGAGCUGUGA